AUGGCACAACCAGCAAAUUACCAGGCAUAUCUUGAAUCGCUAUUUCCCAAUACCACCUGGGAAAUACAGCGUCUCACAGGUGGAUUGGUCAAUUCAACUUCACGAGCGACAAAGACCUCGGGGACCUGCAAAUACGACAGUGUCAUCAUCAAGCACGCUCGCCCGUAUAUUGAGUGCGCGGGUCCAGAAUGGGCAUUUUCCACAGAUCGCCAGACAAUCGAAGCCAUCGUUCUCGAGUUGUGGUCAGAGUCCGGUCUGCUGUAUGAGUCUCGCACGUCAACUCCGCCUUGGCACAUACCACAACUUAUUCGACAUGAUCGCGGCAAAGAGUCUGCGCUUAAAUUAAACGACUCGGACCUAGAAGCCUCUGUUAUUACGCUACUUGACCUCGGAAAACUUGUCAACAUUGUGCAAUUUCUUCGCGCCGUCGCAAAAACCCCAAGUAUUGCGAAUGACGAACAAAUUGCACACAUUGGGUCAACCGUCGGCCAAGCAUUUGCGCUUACACAUAGCGAAGAGACGACCAAACGCAUCUUGGAAAAUACCGAAACAGCUCAAGUUUUGACGCAUUCCAUGGCCGAGUCUGUUGUGUGGAAAGCGGCCAUUGAACCAGUCCAGGAGCGCUUGGCAGGUCGUCAAAACGGACAAUCACUUUAUGAUCGAAUUGUUCAGGAGUGGAAAUCGCCAAAAUAUGAGACGAGAACUUGCUUCUCACUCGGUGACUUUACACCGGGCACAGUCCUACUGAAGGACCCAAGUUCUGGAAGCAGCGAUUUGACUCCCAUCAUUGUCGACUGGGAGUUCGCACAGGUCAAUGGACACGGAGUAAAUGGCGACAUUGCUCAGUUUUUAGCGAGCAUUUGUUGUGAAAUUAUUAGUGCAAAGGCCGAUUCUGUUCUUCAUGCUUUAUUACUACACUUUACUACAAGUUUCUGUGUGGGUUACCGCGAGGCAGCCAAGUUACACGUUAAAAGGGCUGCGGAUGACGGAAAUCUGCAAUUGCUUCGCUCGGCGUUCAUUAUGGCGGGCAGGGAGAUAAUAAACCAGGCGCAUGAUGUGUACGGAAAAAGUGAGUAUUUUCAAGAUAUGUUGGACAGGGGAGUGUGGUAUGUUGAGCAUGCUGGUGCGGAUAUGGAGGAGUUUAUUGGCGAUGGGAACUGGGCUGAGAUUAUGAAGGAGGAGGGGUUAUUGUUGCAGUCUUUGUUUAUACAAGAUUAA